GCGUAUUUUCGCCCGAUUGCACCGAUUUUUAAAAUCGCUCUAAAAAAUCGCUCGUGCGCCCGUUAACGGCGACGACGAUUCUGCUCGGCAACCAUUCUAGCAUGUAAAGGUGUGGGUUUUCCCGUAGUCCACCGGUUUCCUCACACUGCGCUAAAGGAUUAUUAAAAUAAAAACAUACAUGUACCAUAUUAGUACCGAAAUGACAAAUCUACUUUGAUGUAAGCAGACUAAAAAGAUGGAAAUAAUUUUGACGAAGUUGUCAUUCCAUAAAAAUGAAAUGACUAAGAAGCAAAAUGAUUCUGUAAUGACUAUGGGGAAAAACUAAUGCAGACUCAAAUAUGGUGAGUAACAGUCUGGGAUUAUCAAUGUAAAAAAUUUAACUUCUAGUUUAAGCAUGCCUGGGGUAUGUUUCAUUCUUCUAAUUGUCUGCCAACUUGCUACGAAUUUUGCUACAGAACAUAAAAUUUCACUUACGGACAUACCAUGGCAAAUAUCUAAUGGUAAAAAUGUCACGGUACAUGGAAGAAUACCAGGAACUGUACAUACGGCGUUACUGGAAAGUGGAAUAACAGGAGAACCAUAUUACAGAGACAAUGACGUUCAGCUACAUUGGAUUAAUCACUCUAAUUGGACUUAUGAAUUAAGUUUCGAUUUAGGACUUGACAGUAUGAAAGAACACAAAUCUAUAUGGUUGGUUUGUGAGGGGCUGGAUACCAUAUCCUCAGUAUAUCUGAACGACCAGUUACUGGGAACAACAGAUAACAUGUUCGUUCGUUAUGUUUUUGAUAUCAAGCCACACUUACAGAAUGGUGGCAACGACUUAAGGAUUUAUUUUCAGUCACCGGUGGAAUAUGCUAAUAAGCAGGCAUCUAAAUCAUCAUAUAUUAUUGGUAUUAAUUCUAAUGUAGAUUUCCAACAUGGCGAAAGAAAUAGACAGUAUAUCCGGAAAGAGCAGGCGUCAUUUAGUUGGGAUUUUGCACCGUCUUUUCCUACUAUAGGUAUAUGGAAAGCUAUGUACAUUCAGUGUUUCAGUGAUAUUAUCAUCCAAGAUCUGUGUGUGGUUCCAAUAAAAGAUGGUGCUACAUGGGCGGUGGGUGUUGAUGUAUAUUUUGGUAUUAAUGAUAUAAUAACAGGGGACUUAACUCUAGAAUUACUCAAUACUAACAUCAACUCCACACAAUUAAUAACACUCACACCAAUCAAUACUCACCAUAAAGUUUCUUUACAAAUACCAACGGAUGCCGAUAUAAAAUUAUGGUGGCCAAAUGGAUAUGGUGAACAAAAUAUGUAUGGCCUUCUUGCCACUUUUACUGUAUGGCAAACAACACAAUCUAUAACCAAGAUAGUCUAUUUUGGAUUUAGAACCAUCGAACUUAUACAGAAUCAAGUUUCAAGGGACAUGUCAAAGGGGUUAACAUUUUUCUUUGAAAUCAAUGGUAUACCGAUUUUUCUGAAGGGAUCUAACUGGGUACCAGCCGACAGUUUUAAAGAACGGAUUACUCGAAGUAAAUUACGUCAUAUGUUACAAUCAGUAGUUGAUGCUAAUAUGAACUGUCUUAGAGUGUGGGGUGGAGGGGUAUAUGAAAGUACGGAUUUCUAUGAUUUAGCUGAUGAACUGGGUAUAAUGAUAUGGCAAGAUUUCAUGUUCAGUGUUAAUCUUUAUCCUGUAACCGAAGACUUUUUAAAUUCAGUUGAAAAAGAAAUAAAAUAUCAGAUGAUUCGAUUGAAAAAUCACCCAUCCAUAAUAGUAUGGAGUGGUAAUAAUGAGAAUGAAGUUGGUUUAAGUAAUGGAUGGUAUUUUACUUCCCGCAAUUUUGAACGAUACGCAGAUGAUUAUGGUAAACUAUACCUGCAAACAAUUAAACCUAUUGUACAAACAGCUGAUAAAAGUAGACCAUAUUUGGCGUCAAGUCCAAGUAAUGGUAAACUAUCUGAAACUGAUAAAAAUGGUUUAGCUAUGAAUCCUGAUAGCACCAUGUACGGUGACAUUCACUUUUAUAAGUAUAGUGGUGACUUGUGGAAUUAUACAAGUUAUAGUAUUGUUAGAAUGUGUACAGAGUAUGGUAUACAGUCAUACUGUAGUAUGGAAUCACUGGAAGAUGUACUUGCUGAAGAAGAUCUUAGAUUUGAUUCUGAAAUGUUAGAACAUCGCCAACAUCACACAUCAGGUAAAUUUGAAAUGAAAGUAUUGAUAGAAAAGUACAUGGAUUUCCCCAACUCUACUGAUGAAAAACAAAGAUUAGCCGAUAUUAUUUACGUGACACAGAUAUCACAAGCGAUGGCCAUUCAAGCAGAAACAGAACAUUAUCGUAGAAGUCAGAAUUAUCUAGGAGACAAUGGCGAAGGGUUAACUAUGGGAGCCAUGUAUUGGCAGUUAAAUGAUGUUUGGCCUGCACCAAGCUGGUCAUCAAUAGAUUAUAACGUAAAAUGGAAGAUGCUACAUUAUUACAUGAUGAAAUCUUUCUCGCCAUUGCUCAUUUCACCAUAUAUAGACGAUGAUGGCGAUCUCAAUGUUUAUCUAGUUGUUGAUGAAAUACCAGUUACCUUGUGGACAGAUUCUUACACAAAGAAAAUGGAAUUUAGGCCAAUAACUAAUAAAGUUGAACUAUUUUACACGGAUUAUUCUAAUUCCGAUAUAUCAUACCUUGCAUCAAAAACCAAGAAAUUAAUAUCAGGAACGUUAGUUAUAUCCAUGUAUUCUUGGACAAGGUUCCAGCCUCUUAAAGAGUGGGAAGUUCCAUACCAGAUGAAAACUACGUCAGAAUCUGUGUUUAAGAAGGAGUUAGAUCAAUUGAUGAGAGAAGCUGAUUGUCCGUUUGUACAAAGCUGUUUUCUGUUUUUCGAUAUCAAAGAUAAAGAAGAGCAUACGAUACCGACAACCUGGCUAAGAAUGUCUAAUUUUAAUAAAGCAUUUGGUUUGCGAAAAGCUAACAUUCAGAUAACACGGAUAUUAGAUGAAAAAUCUAUGAAAACAGAAUUCAAAAUUAUCUUAAGUACAACAAAAAUAGCCCCCUUUGUCUGGCUUGAUUCUCAUCGGAUUCCAGGACGGUUCUCUGAAAAUGGAUUCUUAAUGAAAGACGAGACGAAGAUUGUGAUAUUUUACGCCUGGGAAGAAACGGAUGUGAAUGAACUAGAAACUAUUUUAACUGUUAAAUCGUUGAUGGAUGUUUAUCAACAAAUGUAUUAUUAAGUUUUUCCUCCAAGUCUUUGGAUAUUAAUAUUAAUAGGGUGUCAGUUUGUAAACGUUUUUGAUUCAUGUAUGUAAAAUGACCACAGCAGUACGUUCACUAAAACGUGGAAAAUUUUAGACUUCAAUAUGCAUUUUGAUUAAGAGUCAAAUCUGCCUAUUGCGCGUCUUUCUUUUGGCUUCAAAUGUCAUAUAAAUUAAUAUUUAGACAUUUAUUCACAUGGCAAGACAAUAAUCAACUCUCUAGAGCAUCGGAUGACAGAGAUUUAAAUGGAUUGAAACCUGCGAGAUUUAAAGAUUUAACGAUGAAAUUGAUAAUCGAGACUUAGAUCAUGGUAUCGUUUCUUUAUACUUUCGAUGGCCUCUAUUACAUGAAGAUCUGACUAGUGUAGUGGGAGGUCGCGUCAGGGGUCAUACGAGCACGUUAGACAUUCGAUUAACCAUAGAACUAGUAUACUAGUUCUAUGGAUUAACCGAUCAGCGUUGAUGUAGGAUAUCCUCAGUUCCAUUCAUCGCACGCCAAGAACUCGCCACAACAGACCGUUUCAUUGGCUAAACCCUCACAUCAACUAGAACGCGGUUUAUAUAACAACUCUUCCAGAUCCUAGCGUAGUAAAGACAAGUAAAACGAAAUUUUGUUUAAACUAAAAAAAACCGAAACGAAAUAGGACCUGUGUUUUAAUUAGAUUGUAGUCCGCCGCGAUCCCACAAAAAGUGUUUUGCUACCCCAGCUAGGGGCGCGACUCCGAGGUUGGGAGGUAUUAUAUUAAGAACGACCGGGUCUUUAUCUAAAUCUUACAUAUAAUGCAUCUUUAACAUAAUAUCUACUAAAUUGGUGAUUACCAAAAUUAUUUUAGGUGGUUUAAAACAUAACUAUAAUACAACACUACAUGGCGGCGUACUGACACACACCCACAUGAUCAGACCGAAUGAAUAAAAUGGUGUUUAAUAUAAUACUUUGUGCACCAUCCUGAUAACAUUUUCACUUUGGUGUAUGCCUUAUUAUUUGAAAGGUUAAAAAAAAGUACUGUUCUAUAUUGCGUUUUAUAGGACUUCUAAUCGAUUUCUCAUAGUUUAAAUAUUGAAAGGUGCUAAAUCUUUAAUAUCUGGGACUUACAACAAAUUGACACAGAUGGCUCGCAAUGCAUAUAAUAAUGUAAUAUGGAUGUAUAUAAACUGAUUUACAUUCAA